AUGGGCUUGAGGAGACUGAGUUGCGAGAAAGCCGACUCGUGCGAUCAGCUCCCAAUCUAUCGCUACGACGGACGUGCCUUAGGUGUGGCCCUCGAGAAUGUGACCGCUCAGGGUCCCUCCGGUGGUCAACGGACCGUGCCUGACCUCCCGCAACUUCUUCGUGACAUUCUUCGCUCACCGUGGCACCUCCUUCGAUCUACUUUCACCCGACAAACACCCGCUCGUCGCAAUAUCGUGCAGGGCGUUUCCGGGGUGCUGUUCCCGGGCGAGACCAUGCUAGUCCUUGGCCGCCCUGGAGCGGGUUGUACCACCGUGCUCAAGAUAAUCGCCAACACUCGCGAGUCAUUUGAUGCUGUCCAGGGGGAGGUGCACUAUGGAGCACUGAGGGCGGAGCAAAUGACCAACGAGCUGAAGUCCGAAGUGGUCUACUCCUCGGAAGAUGAUAUUCAUUUUCCGACGCUGACCGUGGCAGACACACUGGACUUUGCUCUAAAGCUACGGAAGCCGGCCACUCACCCCGGCCGCAACGCACCGUUCUCCGCCGAGUAUACGCAGCGGUUGGUUAAUGCUCUGGGAAUUGGGCAUGCAAAGAACACCAUAGUCGGUGAUGCAUUCAUCCGAGGUGUCUCCGGGGGUGAACGCCGCCGGGUCUCCCUCGCCGAAGCUAUGACAAUCAACUCCACCCUGGUGAGCUGGGAUAACCCGAUCCGUGGGCUGGACAGCUCCUCCGCUCUGGAGUUUCUUCGUUUACUCAAGCGCAUGUCGCGAGCGACGGGAAUGACAAAUAUUGCUACGCUCUACCAGGUAUCUGAGAACAUGUAUCAAGAGUGCUUCUACCGCACUCUGGUGAUGUAUGAUGGGAGGAUGAUCUUCUGCGGCAAACUGGGCUUCUACUGCCCGGAACGCCAGACGACCCCUGACUUCCUCACCUCAGUGACCUCCCCGGUUGACCGUACGAUUCGUGCAGAUUAUGCGGGUCCACUCUAUUUGGACCCCGAUAGUCUUGCCGAGGCUUUCAAGCGCAGCACCCACUACGCGCAACUCCAGAAAGAGCUGCUGCAAUAUCCCCUGCGAAAUGAUGUCGGUAAUCCUUCGACAAUCUGGAAGCAGAUCGCCGUGGGCACCGAACGUACCUACCGCUUGCUCUGGGGCGAUUGGAAGACCCUCCUCACCGUUGUGGUUCUGUGUGCGGUAAAUGCAGUCAUCACCGGGUCGGGAUUCUAUGCAGCUCCGCGCACCGCCUCGGGCUCGUUUGAACGGAGCGGUGCCCUCUUCUUCGCGGCGGCAUACUUCUGCCUCAAUGCCUUGACCGAGGUGGGCAAAACCCAUAAUAUGGGCCUUCUUCACCCGGCCGCCUAUGCGGUCAUCCAGACCGUCGCUGAUAUUCCGUCUGCUCUAAUCCAAACCACAGUCGAGACUGCCUCGCAAUUCUUCAUCUUCCUCCUCAUCGUCUUUGCACAUUACUCUGCUAUUGCGACUAUGUUUCGCAUGUUGGGCGCCUGGGCCCCAGGCCUCAAUAUUGCUCAUCUCUUGGCGGGCUGUGCUCUGCCGGUUGCCUGUCUGUAUUCCGGAUAUGCUCCACCUGUGCCCACCAUGCAUCGCUGGGGCUCCUGGAUCCGCCGCGUGACUCCCACUCCUUACGCCGUGGAGGCUAUGAUUGGAAACGAGUUCUGGCACAUGCAGCUCCAUUGCACCGAGUCGCAACUGAUUCCUCAAGGACCGGGUUACGAUGAUAUCCGCUACCAGGCGUGUCCCAUGGCCGGAGCCCAGGAAGGAUCAGCCUCCGUGGACGCCGCCGUCUAUGCGGAGAACAUGUACGGCUAUACCCGCGCCCACCUGUGGCGGAACUUCGGGAUUAUCCUGGUCUUCUGGUUCCUAUACAUGGUUCUUGGUGCCGUGGGUCUGACCUUCAUGACUCGGGAUAGUGGCAAUGCAACCGGUCCGGUGUUCAAGCGUGGUGCCGUCAUCCCGCAACGAGUCGAGAACUCGAUGGCAAGCAACGGAGCCCGUGACGAUAGCGCAGCGGAGAAGGGGUCUGUCUCUGGGCAGUCAGAAACCGACGUAGACGAGGUCGGGGCCAGCCCUCGGCCGGGCCAGACUCAGCCAUCGGUUAACCGUGCCUCUUUCACGUUUGAGGACCUUUGCUACACGGUCACGGUCGGAGGCGGCGAAAAGCAGCUCCUGGAUCAUAUCUCCGGAUACGUCAAGCCUGGCCAGCUGACUGCACUGAUGGGGGCUUCCGGAGCGGGUAAAACCACCCUGCUCGAUAACCUCGCCCAGCGGAAGUCCGAGGGCCGUACAACGGGCGAUAUUCGUCUGGGAGGCGAACCGCCGCACCCGCUGUCGUUCGCGCGAUCCUGCGGCUUCUGCAUGCAACAGGAUGUCCACGAUCCCACUACCACGGUGCGAGAAGCGCUGCAAUUCAGUGCUUUGCUUCGCCGGCCUGCUGAGGUGCCCCGUGAGGAGAAGCUUGCCUAUGUGGAGCAGGUGAUCUCCCUGUUGGAAUUGGAGAGGAUUGCCGAUGCCCUGGUGGGGAGCACUGGGGAUGGCCAGUUAAGUGUUGAAGAGCGCAAGCGGGUGACCAUCGGGGUUGAACUGGUGGCGAAACCAUCUGCACUUUUGUUUCUCGACGAGCCAACAUCCGGCCUGGAUAGUCAAGCCGCGUAUUCCAUUGUGGCUUUCUUGCAGAAGAUCGCCCUUCAUGAGGGUGUCCCGAUUGUGUGUACUAUUCACCAGCCCUCGGGCGUGCUGUUUGAGAUGUUCGACCAUAUCAUGUUGCUCGCGCCUGGCGGACGAACGGUCUACUUUGGCGAAACCGGGGCGCGUGCCUCGACCGUUGCGAGCUAUUUCGCUCGAUACGGUGCGGUAAUGGGCCCCGCUGACAACCCGGCCGAGUUCAUCAUAUCCACCGUGGCGGGCGACAAGGUCAAGCAGGACUGGCCGCUCAUCUGGAACGAGUCGCCGGAACGCCAGGCGCUCCGCGAGAAGAUCCGCGCCAUCAAUGCGGCCCCCUUCACCCCUGCGAAUGCUGAUAGGCCUGGGGGCGAAGCUGGUGGUCGGUACGCUAUGCCGCUGGGGCAGCAGGUCCUGAUCCUCACGCAGCGCCACUGGAAGGCCGUGUGGCGCAACGGGCAGUACAACUUCAGUCGCCUGGUCAAAUCCAUUUUCUUCGAGCUGUUUGUCUCGUUCACCUUUUUCCACGUCACCCCCAGCACCUCCGGCCUGCAGAACCACAUGCUGGGCAUACUGCUGUCUAUCUGGAUAGUUCCCAGCGUGGCCGCCGACGUGCAGGCCGUCUGGUACGAAAAGUGGGCGAUCUUCGAGGCGCGCGAGCGCAACGGCGUGUACGACUGCAAAGCCUUACUGGCGGCGCUGAUCCUGGUCGAGAUCCCCUGGUUCCUGGGCCUGUUCACCCUCAUCUUCCUCAUGACAUACUGGACCUUCGGCUUCGCCAGCACCGCCAGCAUCGCCGGUGUCGUGUACGGCAUGUACCUGCUCUUCGCGCUCUUCGGCCUGGGCGUGAUCUACCUCAUGGCGGCGUUUUUCCCCAACGCCACGAUGGCCGGCUACGCCAUGUCGCUGUUCUGGGUGUUGUUGCUCAUGUUCUCCGGCGCCGCCAACCCUUAUACCGCUCUCAACGACUUCUACCGCCCCUGGCUCUGGUGGGCCGACCCGCUCACCUACUUCUUCGAGGCCACCGUCUCCACGGUCCUGCACGACGUCCAGGUGCAGUGCACCUCGGGCGAUUUGGCGGUCUUCGAUAUCCCGAACGGCACCUGCCGCGAGUAUCUGGGGCCUUACCUCGAGAACAACCCGGGCUACCUGCUCAAUCCCUCGGCCACCCAGGCGUGCGAGUUCUGCCCGUACUCGGUGGGGGACGAGUACGCCCGCUCACUGCACUUUUAUUUCGAUGACCGUGCCCGCGACGCGGGCGUGUUUCUGGCGUUCUGCGUGACGAACUUUGUGUUGUUGUUUGGGGUGACUUGGUUCACGCGCGUGCAGAUGCGGAGGUGGAGGAAGUGAAGGCGCAGCUGAACCAGGGGCAGUUGAAACUAGAGGCUAG